CAGUGACAAUUUCACUAAUAACAACUGAUCGCCACACCUCUAUCACAAGUGCAAUGGAGAAAGACUACAGUCACAUCUCACACCAAUAUGAUGUAUGGCAUCUUUCUAAGUCAAUUGUCAAAAAGCUCAACAAGAAAGCCAAACUAAAGAAGUAUGAAGAGCWAGCACCUUGGAUACAAUCCAUAUCAAACCAUCUCUGGUGGUGUGCUUCCACCUGCAAUGGAGAUGCUGCCUUACUAAGAGCAAAAUGGAAAUCYGUUCUUCACCACUGUACCAACAAGCAUUCUUGGAGGGAUUCUGAUAUCUUCAAAAAGUGUGCUCAUCCCCGCCUUACCCGCAGAGAGGUGCUCAGCACAUGUUGGCUAAAGCCAGGGUCACCAGCUCAUGUUGCUUUAGAAGAGGUGGUGCUCCAGCCAAAGCUUGUCAAAGACUUGGCAAGAUUAACUGAGUUUUGCCAUACAGGGGGACUUGAAGUCUAUCACUCUGUGAUAAAUAAGUACUGCCCAAAGAGAMASCACUUCUCUUAUGAAGGUAUGAUUGCCAGAACCCAACUUGCUGCCCUGGACAACAAUCUGAACACUGGUAGGAAGCAAGCAGUUAUUGAGAAGGGCCCCAGGAGUGGUGAAGCUCGCUGGAGGAAGUGUUUCCCGAAGACGCACAAGCGCUGGGUUGUCAAGCCUGUAUUAGAGAAAAAGAGCUAUGCCUUCCUUCCAGAARUGCAGUUGAAAGUCCUAGAGGUGUGUGCAGAGGGAAUGGAGGGUGCACAGAUUGAGCCAAUCGAUGAAGUUGAAUUGCCAAGCAACAUUGCGAGCGAACCUGCCCCAGACAAACAAGAACUUAUUCAAAGACACAGGACAAGGUUCUCUAGGUAAUUUGAUUCAGUAUAGAGCAAUUUUAUUUAAUCCYUGAGAUAAAAACUAAAUAGUUCUUAACAAUUAGUCAUUACUUUUUACUAAAUAGAUGAUAGCUCUCAAGCGAAUCAACUUACAUGUAUAGUUCAAUAUUCAGGACACA